GCUUACGAGAAUACUUCAGUAAAUACGGGGACAUAACAGAAGUAAUGGUGAUGAAAGAUCCAGCAACGAGGCGGUCUAGCAUGGCGACAGGCUCAAAUGGGGUGGUCUACUCAAUGGAUAUGGCCGUUCCCAUUAGCACCCCCAGGGGUUUCGGAUUUAUCACCUUCACCGAUCCAGCUAGCGUUGAUAAAGUUCUGGCACAAGGCACUCAUGAACUCGACGGCAAGAAGAUCGAUCCCAAAGUAGCAUUUCCAAGAAGAGCACAUCCAAAGUGACAACAACAUGCACAUUUCUAAGCCAUUUGACGGAAUCGUAAGUUCAAAAGUUCCAGUAAUCGGUUACUAACCUUUUUGAGGAAUAAUAAAUUGCACUAACAGGAACAUCCACGUUCCUCCGACACGGCAUACUUCAAGGUGGAUAAAAUCGUUAAACGAGAAUGGUGACAAGACAUCAAGGAAGGGUAAAACCAGAUCGAACUCUAACCCGUUCGUUUCCUUUAGAGUACAACGAGAAAACUCACGCCAAAUUUCAAUUAGGAACACCGAUUAAGUGAGCUCCGUUUAUGAACAAAAUAAGUAUAUUCAACUCCCACAUAAAUCUUCUGUUACAAUAGCGUUGUAGGAUUUGGUUCACCAACCCACAAUGUUGUUAAAUAGGCGGAGGAAAACAUGUGAAUUUGGGACAUGCACA